GCUGGCAGCCUCAGUGACACCGUGGACCAGGGCAACCUCCUUAAACUGGGGACGAGCGUCUCGGAGAGAGUCAGUCGCUUUGAUUCCAAACCUGACAAACCUUUCUCCAAGCUGCAGGAGACCCGUAAGAUCUUUGAGAGGAGCCCACAGGAGAAGGCUACCACCACCAAGCUGUUGCUACGUAAGGAACGAGCUGGUUUCCAGGACCGUAAACUGGAUGUGGUGGUGAGGUUCAAUGGCAGCACCGAAUCCUUGGACAAGCUGGACACCGAAGCCGUCUCACCCACCGUCAGCCAGCUCAGCGCCGUCUUCGAGAAGGCUGAUCUCCGGAACAACCUCCACAAGGCACCGGGGAGAGCGGGAGGACCACUCAACGCCAAGGUGGUGGGCAAGCGACCUCGAGUCUUCUUACCUGGUCCUGAGGCUGGACGGUUGGGUGAUGGCAAUGCCACCCCAGCACGAGCCAAGCCACCAGAGGAGGAGAAGGCAGCAGGGAAGACCAGCCGGCUGGUGGAGAAGGAGACGACCACCCCACGGGUGCAGGAGGUCUGAAAGAUCAAGCCGGUGGAGGUGGAGGAGAGCGGUGAGGCUGAGGAGGAGGAGGAGGAAGCGACAGCAUCGGGUGAACCGGUGCCUGCACCCCAACCGGACAAGGGGACCGAGGGUCCAGCACCCACCACCCCCCGGCUGGAAGGGGGUUUGGGGACAGCUGUGGGUGAGGAGGACAUCAAGGGUGAGCGGGCGGAGGAGAACGAUGCCUACGAGGAGGCCAAGAAGGAGGACUUCUCUGAGGCGGACCUGGUGGACAUAAGUGCCUACAGCGGGCUUGGGGAGGACUCGGGG